AUGACGGAGCAACAAGAGAAAGAGAAGAAGAGAGGAAAAAGAAGACAUCUCUCACCAUCGUACUUUCAUGAGGAUCUGAUCUCGGAGGUCCUGUUAAGGCUGGCUGCGAAAUCUGUUGCCAAGUCUAGAUGCGUGUCGAAGCUCUGGUCCUCAAUCACCACACUUCCAUGUUUCAUUAGGUCGUUCGAGGCUCGAUCCUCGAAAAGUCCCUGUCUUCUGCUCUUGUUAGAGGAAGGCAGUAAGCUCUUUGUUUUCUCCCUAGCACAAGACCAGAAUUCAAACAACAACAACAACAACAAGAAGCUUGUUGUGGUGAACAGUUAUGCGAUUGCAAGUCCCCAAGGAUGUUCCUUUUUAAGCGCCCAGUCGGUUAACGGCUUGAUCUGCGGUCAAGGGGACGGGGAUCCGCAGAUUUGGAACCCAACCACGAGGCGCUUCUCAACUUUACCAAACCCGGAAAGCAGCUGGAGUAGCGGCUCGGUGAGCUUUUUAGGAUACGACCCGAUCGAUGGUACAUACAAAGUGCUGGCAUUGCCUUGUGAACCUGUUUAUUUAUGUUCCACUGUUUGCGGGAAUCCGGUACACAUUCUCUAUUUUGAUCCAAAGGGAAACAGCUUCAGAAAAGUCGUGGUUGAAGGAGUUGCUGAUGACCAUUUUAGGCGCCUUUAUGGAUUCGGAGACGAACCUCUCGACAUCAUACGCGCUUAUCCGAAUCACAUUGAGAGUCUAAUGUCUCCGUACUAAGUCCUCAACUUAUUUUUUUUUGUUGUGGACAUUUUGAGAAGAGGAUAUGUUAGUCUCCAUUCCUAACUCAAUCUUAUAAGUAGAAUCGUUGUUGUGAUCCUACUUGAGUCUUUUCAGGCUCAACAGGAAAAGACUCGAUA